GCUAAUAUUGCUACCAGCUCUCACAGUCUCACGUCACAAUUAAACACAGCAGAAAGUGUUGCUGACAGACAGAGGGAAAGAGGUUGGACAUUUCUCACGCAGGAGACGUGUGAGGCGCGUUCAGAGGUUUCUUGAGCCGAGUGGAAAUGAGAGAGUAAUUAGUUAAUUAGAAAACGGUCGACUAAACUCACCCCUCGAGUACCUGUAUUAGCCAAUCACAGCUCAGACAGCCACAGGGGUGGGGGAGACGGCGUCUGAAGGAGUGAAACACUUGCUUUAGUUGGUUAAAUUGCUAUUAAACACCAAGACCUGGCUGUUAGUCAUCACAUGUGAUGUGAAUACGCGGAUAGAGGACUACAGAAACCAAAUGGACACCCGGAAAGCAUUGCAAUUUAAUAUUUUGUUGUAUCAUUUUAUUUGCUAAUAAUUUAAGCUCUUCAGGGUUCUUCAGAGAAUAUUUUACCAGAACUGUUACAGGUAGGUGAUAGCGAGGGGGUGAGCAAAACUAAGGAGCCUGCUAUCGAAACGCAUACUAGUACAACGCAUAAAAGUACAUCCUCUCAUGUAUUUAUCAUUGAUCUGACUUAUUUUGGUUACGAGACGGUUGCACUGGCAUCCUCAGAGUGACUUUUAUAACAAACUGAAACAUUUAUACAGAAGAUUGGAGUUGGAGCUGUAUGCGCUCUGACGCACACAACAAGUGUACAUUGGCAGGUCUGACCUUUGAGCAGCUCGCGGCAGUUUUCCUGAUGCGAGUCGGUAUGGAGAAAUCGAAUAAUUUUCGAAUCGAUGCUCUGCUGGCGGACGAGACUCACCGGGCGAACCGAGACCUCUCCCCAGGUCUGAGCAGUGACAGCCCUGCGGGCAGCCCUGUGUCCUGUCGGCGAGCGGAUACCCCGUCCCCGCGCAGGACGCCUAUCCAUCUUCAAACCGGGAUAAUCCCCAAGCCGGGACUGCUGAACCUCCCUCACACGGGACUCGCCUCGCUACCCCAAAUGUACCCUGCCCCUAUGUACCCAAUAUCGGCUUUGGGUGGACAUCACCCUGCCUUCGCCUACUCCGGCUUCACACACCUUACCCAGUCGUACCCAGACCACCUGAAGGCGGCUGCCAUGGCAGGGUCUCUCCCCCUGGAGCACUGGAUCCGGGCUGGAAUGAUGAUACCACGUCUUCCAGACUACAGUUCACCCCAGGCAGGACUCCUGGGGAAGUGUCGUAGGCCCCGGACGGCGUUCACCAGUCAGCAGCUCCUUGAGCUGGAGAACCAAUUUAAACUCAACAAGUACCUGUCCAGACCCAAACGCUUUGAGGUGGCCACCUCUCUCAUGCUGACCGAAACACAGGUGAAGAUCUGGUUCCAGAACCGCCGGAUGAAGUGGAAGCGCAGCCGCAAGGCCAAGGAGCAGGCAUCUGCGUCUGCCCAGUCUGAGGCGGAGCGACUACGCACCGGGGGAAAACCGACCAAUGGCAAACCAGCUGAGAAUAAACCAGCUUCCACUCAGGAUGACGAGGGAGAGCUAGACCUAGAAGAAGCAGAGGAGGAAGAGGAGGAAGAGGAGGAGACGCCACACGAGUUUGAUGUUACCAUGGGUGGCGCGGUGGGGUUGCAGCGUUCAGCAGACUUUCUGAAGCUCACAGCGGAGCUUGGUUACAACCCCCACAGUCCCUUCUCUGAGGACGACUUAGUGGGGGUGACAGGGGGGGACAGGAAGAUAGGCGCAGGGUUGUGAAAAGACAAAGACACACCCAGAAAGGAAAACGCCAGAGACACUGCUGCUUGACACUGGCUCUGAGAAAGUGGGGGUCUAUAGUGUAAAAAGAGAAAAAAAUGGAUGUGCCAUUUCAAAAGCCUAUGACAGUGUUUUUUGUGUACAUAAUGCUCAACGCAAUGUAACGUUUCUGUGACCCUGAUGGAGUUGUUUAAGGCAGGGGUUUCCAAACUGUGGGUCGCCCCCCCAACCCCCAAAAAAUGUUUUAAAGGAACUCAAUCCGUCUUUAAACUUAUUCUUGAAAGUUGUACUAGUAGAAUGCACAAGGUGUCAUUUCUAUAUUGGGUAUUACAUCAUCAGUUCCUCUUGUCCUGUCAGUCAUUACAUACCUUAGAGAGCUAUUUAUAACUUGUUAGAAAUGUCCAGA